CAACACUGUUUCGUGUGGCCAAUUAACGAAUUGUAUCCUAUUUUUGUUGAAAUUAUCACAGAAAAUUAUUAAAGUACCAGGAAAAACCGAAAGCUGCCAAACGCUGGUAACCGGGGCUCACAGAGGAGGCUUUAAUUAAGAUGGCCACGCUUCCGCCGCGCAAAAGUCAGACGCCCACGAGGAUUUGCAUAUCCAAGCAGCAUUUAACGCCGCUCCAAACAUUGCUCCAAAUGGGCUUUCCUAGGCACAGGGCGGAAAAAGCUCUGGCUUCUACGGGCAAUCGAGGUGUUCAAAUUGCCUCGGAUUGGCUACUGGCCCAUGUCAAUGAUGCCACCUUGGAUGAGUGCGCCCCAAGGGAGUACAUCAUUUACGCCUGUCCCACAGGACCAUUUCUGCAGCAACUAGAGGAAUUUUGGGCCAAGUCGCGCCAAAUGUGCGGCUGGAAUGGCGCCCACAACUAUGUGCCUCACAUAACGUUGGUCUCGUUUUUCAAGGCCCCCGAUGAGUGCUCGCUGCAGUUGUCCAAGGCCCUCAAACAGGUGGUGGACAUGACGGGAGCACUGUUGGAUCGCCCUCUCAAACUGGAGCCCUACAUGAGCCAGAACUUUAUGGGCUUCUUUGUGGCCGAGGAGGAUGCUAACUAUCUGAAGCGGCUGGCCCUGCAGUACGUCAAGGAGGUGUCCAACUCAAUCAUUAGCGAUACCUAUGAGCAGUUGGACGCCAUUGUGGCCUGUUUCCCCUGGUGCGGAGCUGUCUCCUCGGGCACCCGCUGCAUUCCGCGCAGCAGUCGAUCCAUCUCACUCGAGCCACACGUAAAGAGCCUGCACCUGACGCUUGCCUACCAGUUCCCGCAGGCACAGUUUAAUGCACUGAAAGCACUCGUGGAGACACUAGACGCCGGCUGCGCCUCCAAUUGGGAACUACGCCUUUAUUCGCGCGAUCCACGACUCGCCACCAAACAAGUCCAGAAGGUCGUUUAUCCACACAACCCGCACGAGACGGAUGAACUUGAGUUACGUAUCGGCGACUACAUCUAUUUGAAUACCGAGGUUGUGGACAGUUCCAGUGACGGUUGGGCUGAAGGCAUCUCUUGGUUGACCGGGAGCACGGGACAUCUGCCCGUCAAUUACACCGAACGCACUGCCGAAUCGGACGCCUGGACCUUGCAUCGAGUGGUCCAGCUGUCCAAGAGCGUGGCCUCUUCUCUGACUUCUGCCGAGGAUCUAGACAUUGUCGACGGUCGCAGCAUAUCGACGGAGCAGGAGGAACGACAGAACACAGCACAUCCAGAGAUAAUUGAGGGCUCAUCGUUUGAGGAAUCUGAACAGAGUGUGGAAAAGUACUUGCGGCAAACACUGAAACCCUGCCUGGAACUGCCCUCCGUGCAGUUGCUUAACAACCACAACUUGUCCCAUCAGCACAACCCGAACACGCCCACGAUCGAGAUCACGACCAAUAUGUCUUCCUGCUCCACCUCCGUGUCAAAGCAGCCGGUGGAUGAGAUCCUGGUGGAACCGCCGGCAGCUCAGCCCCCGCGGCCAGACGAUACACUUAGCGUUCACUCGGACCACUCGCUGCAUCCUAGCUCCCUGGAUGCCUCGCAUGCCAAGAACCGAAAGAUCUACAUUAUGCGUCAUGGCGAGCGAGUGGACUUUACUUUCGGAACAUGGAUUCCCUACUGCUUUGAUGAGUUUGGCAACUACAUGAGAAAGGAUUUGAAUAUGCCGAAAACACUGCCGCGUCGAAAGAAUAGUCCCGAGGGUUGGCAGAAUGACUCGCCGCUGACGAAUGUGGGUGUCUACCAGGCCAAUCUCAUUGGUCAGGCUCUGUCCGAGGCCCAGGUGCAGAUCGAUCAUGUCUACUGUUCACCCUCGUAUCGCUGCAUUCAGACAUGCACGAGUGCUUUGGAGGGACUACAGCUAACUGGAAAACACAAGAUCAAACUAGAGCCCGGCCUGUUUGAGUGGAUGGCCUGGUAUCCCAGCGGAGUUCCGGAUUGGCUUACCAAAAACGAGUUGAUCGAGGCCAAGUACGACGUGGAUUUGGACUAUGAACCAGUGCAGCCUUCAUCUGAUUUAACCGCUCGACUCAAGGAGUCCACAGAACAAUUUUAUGAGCGCAACCAUGACGUUAUCCUGCAGCUGCUGGAGCAGACAACUGGUAACAUAUUAGUUGUGGCCCAUGCCACCACGCUGGACACCUGUUCCCGGCAACUGACCGGAGGAGUACCGCGUAGCACCAACGAACUGCGUCAGGUGAUUCACAAAAUCCCGUACUGCAGUUUGGCCACAGUGGAACAGGUGGACGGCGUUUGGAAGUUGGUGGAGCCCGAGUGCCUGCCGGUGACGCAUUCGAAGAACCCGCGCUUCGAGUGGAACGCCCUUUCGGCCACCUAGUGCCAGUGCUUGGAGCAGUUUCUGUGCAAGCAUUGAGACUGAGACUCGAUUGGAAUGGACCAGGAGGUGAAUCACACACGGAUGGACUUAUACGUAAAUUAUUUGUGUAGCUAUUUGUAUGAUUUACUGCUUGGCAGUCGGCGCUGCACUAAGUUUACUGUACUGCCAUACAAAUUUAAAGUAUUUAGACGAACAUAUAUGCCACUAAGCGAUGGAAUGCGAUUUUGUUGCGGUAUACAGACAAAUCCAUGUGAAACAAUUGACCUGCUUGUUGAAAAGCCAGCUCAAUGGACUCAUACUUUAUUGCAAUCAAUGCGAUCUAUUGACUAUAUAUUGAAUAUAUACAUUUAUACCACAUGCCAGCAAUUAUACUAAUUGAGCCCUUGCUCGCCGCUUUAGCCAUAGAUUAACUUGCUCUGUUACUUGCUUAGUUCUUAGACCACUUGAUUAGCCUUGCUGCGUAGCGCAGCUUUUUUGUAGCAAUAUAUCCCAGAGGCAAAUUCUUCUUAGCAAGCUGUUGAGAUUACUCCGUACGUAAAGCCCAAAACAUAUAUCGAUAUUAUCGACUAGAUUUAGAAGUACAAACCCAUGUAACAACGCACAACAUAAUGGAACAAUAAACAAUAUACAUGUAAUGCCAAAA